GACCCACAGCUCGAGCAGGACAUCGAGCGAAAUCUGAGGCUACGAGAUGGGGCUAAACGUAUCUUGUCAAUCGCCGGAAACUCCAUACAGCGUCUCGACGCGGAGAAAACAAUGCUUGUAAGCAGUGCACGUCUUGUGGUUUCUCUCAGAAAACUUCAGCAAGAAAAGGUCUUGGAGGCCAAUGCUGCUGUGUCUGGGUGUGAACUUUCAUCAAGUCCUUCCAAUAGUGAUCCAAGUAUAGUCGGACGGGCGAAAUUAUGCCUUUCUGGUAUACGGAUUCCACUGCUCUGGCGGGAUAAUUCCGUUCUAAUGGCAAAUUCAACCAUGACUUUGAACAAACUUUGUGGUUUUACCGCCACCCCUUCGACUGUGGUGGGUUCUCUGAGAUCUCCCUCUGUGGGCGGUGAUUCCAGCGAGCUCUCCUCUGACAGCUAUGCCGCCUUCUGCAUCGUCAAGGUGGGACACCAAAUUGAGGAGACUCGCCUUCUCUGUGAUAUUCUACCGGGUAUAGCUGAUCUGGAGUUCGACGACGUUCUCAACUUGUGA